AUGUUGAACAAAAAUUGGGUGAAACUAAACAGAGCUACAAAAGAGUACACGGAUGCGGCAUGGAACCUUGUGAAAAUGGUAGAAAGAAAUUAUGGUUUUCCAAAUAAAAUUAUAUGUCCUUGUAAGAAGUGUCGAAACUUAAAUCAUCAUUGUGUUGAUGAUGUUUUUGAGCACUUAGUUAUAACCGGAAUGGAUCCAACUUAUCGUAUUUGGGUUCACCAUGGAGAGCAACCCAUUGAUACUCAAGUUGACGAAGUUUCGAAUGAUAUGGAUGCAUUUGAUUUAUACACGACUGCUGCCAUGGAUGAUGUGGACAAUAAUAUAGGUUGUGGAGGUGGUGAAGAUGAUGAAUUUGUUAACGAAGAUCUUCAAAAGAAGUUGGAGGAUGCGGAAACUCCUUUAUAUGAAGGGUGUGAGAAAUACACAAAACUUUCAUCAAUUGUAGGUUUAUAUAGGUUGAAGAAUCUGAAUGGUUGGACAGACAAAAGUUUUACUAGACUAUUAGAACUCCUUUGUGAUAUGUUUCCCAAAAACAAUGUACUUCCUGAUUCCAUGUACUCAGUUAGGAAAUUUUUGAGAAAUUUCGAUUUGAAAUAUGAAAAGAUUGAUGCUUGUAUUAAUGAUUGUUGCUUAUUUAGAAAGGAGAAGGCUAAAAUGGAUGUUUGUCCAAAGUGUAGUGUUUCUAGAUGGAAAGUUGAUAAACACACAAAGAAUGUUAAAGUUGGUGAGGCUGCCAAAGUUUUGAGGUAUUUUCCGAUAAUACCCCGAGUGAAAAGAUUGUUUAGAUCAAAAGAAAUGGCUGAAAACUUAAGGUGGCAUUUCACUCAUAAAAGUAUUGAUGGGAAGAUGCGACAUCCAGUGGAUACACCUGCUUGGGAUUCCAUUAAUGAAAGAUGGCCAGAGUUUAAUCUUGAACCACGCAACCUUAGGCUCGGACUAGCUGCUGAUGGAAUUAACCCCUAUAAAAGUCGUAAACAACCUGGAAAUGAUAUUGAUAUUUAUUUGGAGCCUCUUAUUGAAGACUUAAACAAAUUGUGGAAUAAUGGAGUGCAUACUUAUGAUGCAUUCGACAAAAGCUUCUUCAAUUUGAAGGCAAUGUUGUUGUGGACAAUAAACGAUUUUCCUGCAUAUGGAAAUCUUGCUGGGUGUACAACCAAAGGCAAGACAGCUUGCCCGAUUUGUGGUAAUGAUACAUGUGCAACUAGGCUGAAACAUAGUAAAAAAAUUUCAUACCAAAAUACUAGGAGAUUUCUCCCGUUUGAUCAUCCAUAUCGGUCUAAGAAAGCAUGGUUCAAUGGAGCUACAGAAGAAAGAGGCCCCCCUAAAGUUUUGAGUGGUAGUGAAAUUGUUGAAGAACUAAAUCAAAUUACCAACGAUAUUGGAAAAAAUAUGAAUCCCAAAAAAAGGAGUCGGGAUAAUAAGGUGGAAGGAAUGUGGAAGAAGAAAUCUAUAUUUUUCAAUCUACCAUAUUGGGAGGUUUUGUUAGUUCGUCAUAAUUUGGAUGUUAUGCAUAUAGAAAAAAAUGUGUGUGAUAGUAUUAUUAGCACAUUGUUGGGCUUGAAUGGAAAAUCCAAAGAUCAUCUUAAUGCUCGAUUGGAUUUAAAGGAUUUGGGUAUCAAGAAGGCCUUGCAUCCGGUGGAGAAAGAUGGGAUUAUACGACUUCCAGCAACAUCUUACACACUUUCUAGAUCAGAGAAGACAAUGUUUUGCCAAAGGUUAUUUGAUUUAAAGUUACCUGAUGGUUAUAGCUCAAACAUUAGUAACUGUGUAGUAGUUGAGGAACGUAAGUUGAUGGGGCUUAAGUCUCAUGAUUUCCAUGUCUUAAUGCAACAAUUGCUGGUAGUGGCCAUUCGAGGAUUGAUGGAGGAUGGUCCAAGAGAGGCAAUUAUAAGACUUAGCAAAUUUUUUAAUGGAUUAUGCCAACAUGUGGUUGACGUAAAAGAAAUCAUAGAAUUGGAAGCAGAAGUAGUUGAAACAAUUUGUAUGUUUGAAAGAUAUUUUCCUCCUUCAUUCUUCGAUUCUAUGGUACAUUUAGUUGUUCACCUUGGACGAGAAGUGUUAUUAUGUGGUCCUGUUCAAUUUCGAUGGAUGUAUCACUUUGAAAGAUAUAUGAAGUUACUUAAAGGGUAUGUGAUGCAACCUACACAUCCCGAAGCAUCUAUUGCUGAACGUUACCUUGCUGAUGAGUCAAUGCGCUUUUGUGCAUCAUUUUUGAAACAAUCUAAUGACGAAGGUUCCUUCAUUGGACGUAACGAAUAUAAUGAUAGUGAUGUGAUACUUGAAGGUCGUCCACUUCAUCGUGGUGUAACUGUUACACUAAAUGAUAAGGAUCUAGCUAGUGCACAUCGCUAUGUAUUAUUCAAUUUAGCUGUCACAGAGCAAUAUUUAGAGAUGCAUCUACAAGAACUAAAAAAGAAUAACAAUACUUUAAGAACCAAUCACACUCUACUUUGGAAACAACAUACUGAGCUUUUUCCCUUGUGGUUAGAAGAAAAGUUUUCUACUGCAGAAUUUGAUGCUAUGUUAUCAAGAUUAGCACAUGGUCCUCGUAAAGCAGUCAUAUCCUAUAAGGGAUAUGUUAUUAAUGGGCAGCGAUUUCAUACUAAGGAUGCAGAGAGAACGACACAAAAUAGUGGUGUUUAUAUGGAAGCAACAACAAUGUGUAGAUCUAGUGCUAAAGAUGAUGCACAAUUGGCUGAUGUUGUAGGAUAUUAUGGGUUAAUUAAUCAGAUUAUACUCUUGGACUAUUACAGUUUUCAUAUCCCUUUAUUUAGGUGCAAUUGGGCACAUGUUGGCAAGGGUGUAAAGAAGGUUGAUUGGUAUACUCUUGUAAAUCUACACCAAGGACAAAAAGAGUUUAUUAGAGAACCAUUCAUACUUGCUUCACAAGCUAAACAGAUAUUUUACGCAAGGGAGAAUGAAAAUUCAAAUUGGUACAAUAUGGAGACUAGAAAAAAGAAGCAGGAUGGAAGUGUAGUCAAUGAAAAGGAUGGAGGUUUAGUCAAUGAAAAGGAGGUUGGAUCACCUUCAACUCAAGUUCACUUGCAACCUGGUGCUUUGAAAGCAAUUGUGGCAGAAAAGAGGAGGCAAUUAGCAGCUAAGUUUGGAAAGUUGGCAGAGAAGAAGAAAUCGAAGCUUCGUUUUGCAUCCUCUACUAAAGUUGUAAUGGAUUCACCACCUGCAUCUAAAAGAUCUUAUGAAGCAGCGUUUGGUAUAAAUCCAACAAAUGAGGAUGACAACGAAGAUGAAAACAUGUCCCCAGAAUGA